AUGCCGAUAGAUUUAAGUCUUCAGCGAGUUGUGAAGUUGUUGGGAAAGUUAGGAAAUCCUCACUUGUCUAAUUUUUUUACAAUUCAUAUUGCAGGAACCAAUGGGAAAGGAUCAGUUUGUUCGUAUUUAAGCAGUAUAUUGAAGGAGAAUAAAUUUCGAAUUGGAAAGUUUACAUCGCCUUUUUUAAUUAAUCGGUAUGAUUGUAUAAGCAUUAACAAUGAGCCGGUUAAUGAGAUUUUUUUUUUGGAGAUUGAGAAGACGAUUAAUCGAAUAAAUUUGGAGUGUAAUAUAAGGGCUACCGAGUUUGAGAUUUUAACGGUGAUUGCAUUUAAGAUAUUUGAGUUGAAAAAAAUCAAUUUUGCGAUAUUGGAAGUUGGAUUGGGAGGAAAAUUGGAUGCUACAAAUAAUAGUGAUAAUGGAUACGAGUUGGUGAAUGGAGGAGUGAUUUUAACAGGAAUUACAAAAAUUGAUUAUGAUCAUGAGAAUAUAUUAGGAAAAACAUUGAGUGAAAUCAGUGAACAAAAAGCUGGUAUUAUCAAGGAAAAAGUCAAAUGCGUUCUUGAUGGAAGUAAUAAGGAGGAAGUGAUUAAGAAAGUAAGAGAAAUUAGUGAGAGCCAAGGUAGCAAGUUAUAUAUUACAAAUAAUGACAAUGGUGACAGGAUGGAGGAUACGGUGAUAAAAACAGAGAACUUUGGAGAAAUACCAUUUAAGAUUACACCAUUGUUGGGAAGAUAUCAGUAUCAAAAUUUAUCUAUAAGUUUAAAGAUAAUUGACUUGUUAUAUCCAUAUAUUUCGCGAUUAAGAUUUGGAAAUGGUUUUACAAGUGAUUGCAAGAUUAAACGAGAGCAGAUAAUUGAAGGAAUCAAGAAAGUGAAGUGGCCAGCAAGAUUGCAGACGUUGGAUCUUUGUAUCAACAAAGAAGGGGAAAGAAUGAGGGUGUUGGUAGAUGGAGCGCACAAUGGGUCUGCAGCAGUUGAGUUGGGGCAGUUUAUCGACAAACAGUACAGACAAAAGGGCAAGAAGAUUGUAUUUGUUAUGAGUGUGACUAACAGCAAGAAGAUCGAGAGCUUGGUGAUGCCGUUGUUUCAGAGGGAAGACCGGGUUUUUUUGACGAGGUUUGACUACAAAGAUGGCGUGGACCAGAUGCCCUGGAUCAGCUCGUACAAAUGCAGUGUUUUGAAGCAGAAGAUCGAGAGAGUGUACAAAAAGAAGGGCGCUGUGAUACCGGAGAUGGCGGUGGAAGAGAACUUGGAGAAGCUCUUGGAGCAGAUGCAGUGGGACCGGGAGAGGGAGGUUGUGGUGGUGUGUGGAAGUUUGUACUUGGCCUCUGCGCUCUUCCGGAUCCACCUCGAGCACUGCAGCGACGGAACCAAGGACAUAUUCUAGGACUUCUUCCUCUUCUUCCUCUUCCUCUUCCUCUUCCUCCUCCCACCCUUCAGGCUCAAUCAGGCAACUCGUGGCAUUAUAUCGUACGCCCAAAACGGCAGCACCGCGUUUGUGCACGUGAUGCGCUGAACAACUCGCUUUUCAUUUGCCUCCCCUGAAAGGAGAAACACCUUUCUCUGUUUCUAUCCACCACUGAGAUCUGUC